AUGCAAAAGCGACGUGCAAACACGCAAGUCGCUAGUGUCGAGGCAACCACCAACGGCGAGACAUCGCUAAUACGUACCAGAUUUUCGCGCGGUUUCCAGACAAUCAACUUCGAGAGCACCGCCAUCUUUAGCAAUGAAGCUGAAGGCUCCGCCAACGUCCAUGGCAAUGCCUUCAGCACUACCACGGGUAGUCACGGUGCUCAACAAGCUGACAUAACUAGAGAGGACCAGUCCUCCUCGACAGGGUCGACGUCCUCCAACAUGCAGAUAGCGCAAGCUGCGCAUGUCGGCGGAACAAAACGUAAAAGAAAUGCCGAGACCCUAGAUGGCCGUGAGCCACAUGGCUCGGGCAAUUCCAACGAAACUUCGCAAAAUCCCUGCGAAGACCUUCCGAAUACUUCCCUCCUACUCCCUCCCAAACCGAAGUCUCGCAAGAGGCGCGGGUAUAGGUGGACCCACAAAAAAACCAGAAGGGCGGCUACCCAAGGUCGUGCUGUCCGGGUAGGCGGCAAACGCCCAGUCGAGGGCGUCGAUGGCGAAGAAGACGAGGCAAGGCGAAUGAAGAGGCAACGUAUUAGUGAGGAGGCCGUUGCGGGGUCAUCCAACGCACGUUCAAUGUCGUUGGACAACACGAUUGGUGCAACCAACGUCCGUCAGCUGCGAUCGCGCAGCAUCGUCCUUCCCGAUGGUCCCGCAAACGAGGGAAACGACGAGGGAAACAGGACGACGAGGUCGCCAUCUCCAGAUCGUGCAUCAGAACGACCGACUUUAGAGGAUACACUAGAAAAUGAGGUAGACUUCACUCUCAUAAAAACGGAGGAUGAAGAGGAGGAUUUCCUCUGGGAUACUCCUCCGCCUCGGGAUUGGAGUCUGCUGAUGCCAGAAUAUGAACUGGCAACCGGGGACACGUUCCGAUUUGACAGUAACCGGAGUACGCCGGAGUUGACGACUGGACGUGACGGGUCCCACAGGGAUAGAAGCGAAUCGGUCGGCUCAACGCCCGUAGGAACGCCGCGGGCCCAAUCAGUGGAUUUCCAAUCGUUUGAUAGAUCCCUUGUGAUCGUUCUCCCGGGAACGAUGGAGGAAGCGGAGCCACCAGACGAGUUGAUGGAUGUUCGGGAUGAGGGUGAGGACGAGGACGAGGGCGAGGACGAUGUUUCGGUUUCUUCCGUCCCCGUUGACAGAAGAAGAUCAAGGGCUCCCAGCCCUCCAUCUCUUCCUCCGUCACACUCCGUCUCAAGACUUUCAACUCCCUAG